AUGGCCGCAGCCCGGCGAUGGACACAUCCGGGUGACAACGCCUGCUGUGAUGCCCUCGUGAUGCGAAGGCGCCUCACCUCUGUCCCCCCCCCCACACCCGCCAAUCACAAGAAGAAUCACCUGGACUGUGUUGAAAGUAUCUGGAGAGACUUUUUAGAUCUUUAUGAUGCCGAUUCAGAAGAUCUCCCCGGUCACUCCUCCUGUAGUUUCAACGACUGCUCUCUGGGCGAUGUGAACUGUGAUGUGCCUUUGCACAUGCUUAAGUCCAGGAGUGCAGGGGAAGUGAGCUUAGAAGACCCCCUCUCGGGGAACAUUCCAGUCCUGGUCCUGACGGCCGCCAGCUGGGCCCCUGCAUCCCCGGAGGCCAGCGGCCUGGAGGUGCAGGGGUGGCUGGCCAGGCUCCCAGGACCCCCGGAGGACUCGGGGAUGGCGGAGGAGGACUGGGGACCCCACGAAGUCGGCAGACACCAGGGCAGAGCCAGAGCAUCACGACCGCCACCUAGACUUGGGACCGAGAGGGACAGGGGGCCCAAGCUCUCACUCUCCAAGAGGAAACUGGAACUUCUACUUGCAGAGCCUGAGAAAAAUAAGAGAAAGAAGCAGUAUGUGGCCUAG